GCGCGCGCCUGCGCGGUACGCGGGGGGCCGGGCCGGGGGCGGUGGGUCCUGACUACUAGGGGUGCUGCAGUCGGCGGCUGCGGGGGGCGAGGAGCCGGGCUGCGGUCAUGACGGAGGGCACGAGCCUGCGUCGUCGAGGGGGACCCUAUAAGACGGAGCCCGCCACGGACCUCAGCCGCUGGCGCCUCCGCAGCGAGCUGGGGCGGCAGACGUGGACGUACGUCGGGGACACCGAGGCCCCGGAACGCGCGCAGACCGCCCUGGAGGCGCACUCGGUGGGGCUGGACACCACGAGUUAUUUUAAGGACUUGCCCAAAGCCCACACUGCCCUUGAGGGGGCUCUGAACGGAAUAACGUUUUACGUGGGACUGCAGGCUGAGGAUGGGCACUGGACGGGUGAUUACGGAGGCCCACUGUUCCUCCUGCCAGGCCUCCUGAUCACAUGCCACACGGCACGAAUCCCUCUGCCGGCCGGAUACCGAGAAGAGAUGGUGCGGUACCUGCGCUCAGUGCAGCUCCCUGAUGGCGGCUGGGGCCUGCACAUCGAGGACAAGUCCACGGUCUUCGGGACUGCACUCAACUACGUGUCUCUCAGAAUUCUGGGUGUCGGGCCUGAUGAUCCUGACCUUGUCCGAGCCCGGAACCUUCUUCACCAGAAAGGGGGUGCUGUGGCCAUCCCCUCCUGGGGGAAGUUCUGGCUGGCCAUCCUGAAUGUUUACAGCUGGGAAGGCCUCAACACCCUGUUCCCGGAGAUGUGGCUGUUUCCUGACUGGGUGCCCGCACACCCCUCCACACUCUGGUGCCACUGCCGGCAGGUCUACCUGCCCAUGAGUUACUGCUACGCCACCCGGCUGAGCGCCUCCGAGGACCCGCUGAUCCAGAGCCUCCGCCAGGAGCUCUAUGUGGAGGAUUAUGCCAGCAUCAACUGGCCAGCACAGAGGAACAACGUGGCGCCUGAUGACCUGUACACACCGCAUAGCUGGCUGCUGCACGUGGUAUACGCCGUCCUCAACCUGUACGAGAGCUACCACAGCACCAGCCUGCGGCAGAGAGCCGUUCGCAAGCUGUACGCGCACAUCGAUGCUGACGACCGCUUCACCAAGGGCAUCAGCAUUGGCCCGAUCUCAAAGACCAUCAACAUGCUCGUGCGCUGGUUUGUGGAUGGGCCGGCCUCCCCUGCUUUCCAGGAGCACGUGUCCAGGAUCCCGGAUUACCUCUGGCUAGGCCUGGAUGGCAUGAAAAUGCAGGGCACCAACGGCUCGCAGAUCUGGGAUACAUCAUUUGCCAUCCAAGCUAUGCUGGAGGCAGGUGCACACCACAGGCCUGAGUUCGCGUCCUGCCUGCAGAAGGCGCAUGAGUUCCUGAGGCUUUCCCAGAUCCCAGACAACCCUCCCGACUACCAGAAGUACUACCGCCAGAUGAGCAAGGGUGGCUUCUGCUUCAGCACACUGGACUGUGGUUGGAUCGUUGCCGACUGCACAGCCGAGGCCUUGAAGUCUGUGCUGCUCCUACAGGAGACGUGUCCCUUUGUCACCGAGCACGUCCCCCGAGAGCGGCUCUGCGAUGCUGUGGCUGUGCUGUUGAAUAUGAGGAACCCAGAUGGAGGGUUCGCCACCUACGAGACCAAGCGUGGGGGGCACUUGCUGGAGCUGCUGAACCCCUCAGAAGUCUUUGGGGACAUCAUGAUCGACUACACGUACGUAGAGUGCACCUCGGCUGUGAUGCAGGCGCUGCGGCACUUCCACGCGCAGUUCCCGGACCACAGGGCGCAGGAGAUCAGGGAGACGCUGCAACAAGGCCUGGAGUUCUGCCGGCAGAAGCAGAGGCCUGAUGGCUCCUGGGAGGGCUCUUGGGGGGUUUGUUUCACCUACGGCACCUGGUUCGGCCUGGAAGCUUUCGCCUGCAUGGGGCAGAGGUACCAAGAUGGGACUGCCUGUGCGGAGGUCUCCCGAGCCUGUGACUUCCUGCUGUCCCGGCAGAUGGCAGAUGGAGGCUGGGGAGAAGACUUUGAGUCUUGUGAACAGCGGCGUUACGUGCAAAGUGCCCAGUCCCAGAUCCACAACACAUGCUGGGCCCUGAUGGGGCUCAUGGCCGUCAGGCAUCCUGACCUGGAAGCCCAGGAGAGAGGAGUCAGGUGCCUGCUUGACAAACAGCUCCCCAAUGGUGACUGGCCGCAGGAGAACAUCUCUGGGGUCUUCAACAAGUCCUGUGCCAUCAGCUACACAAGCUACAGGAACGUCUUCCCCAUCUGGACCCUUGGCCGCUUCUCCCGCCUGUACCCUGAGAGAGCCCUUGCUGGGCGCCCUUGAGAGCAGGGCCUCUUGGACCAGUGGCCAGCGGGCCGGUGGGUGGCAGCAUCAUCACACAAGUUCCACGCGAGGCCACAGUGUUUUUUCUGGGUGGUGGGAACCCCCUGUAACCCUGACUCUGCUCCAGCCCACAUUCUCAGCUGCUGCAGUUGAGAGCUGGGGCCCAGGCCCAAGGCCAGGAUGAGGGCGGAGCAGCAGCUUUAGACAAGAGAUCUUUCCCAGCACGAGCCUGCCUGUGAGCCCGGCUCGUCAGGCUCGACUGGGGACAGGGACCUGAUGAGCCGGGUCACCGAGGAGGUGCAGUGCACGCUGUUGCUCCGGCCUUAGGGCCUCCCCAGCUGGAGGAGGACCUCUGCCUCCUGAGGGCUUCCUUCCCCAGGCCCAGCUGCUCCCCCAGCUUCUGUCUGCCAUGCUGAUGGACACAUGGGGACCUCGUGAUGGUGGCACGUCAGUGUACUCCUGAGAACUGUGCCGUGGAGAGCCGAGCCUGGCAGCUGAUCCCGCCCUUGGUGGAGUUGGUGGGAUUGCGUGCGGUUCGUUUGCUUCGGGGAGCGUAGGCAUCCCAGCCCCAGGUCUGUAGAGACAUGAGGGAGGCCAAGCCUAACAAGGGAUGAGGGUAGGCUGGGAAGGAGGUCACUGCCAUGUGCCAAGGCAGGUGUGGCACGCCUGAGCCCCAGGUGAAUCCUGGGCCACCCCCAGGCAGCUGCCAGCCCUCACGCCCGUGUGUACCCCAAGCUGAGGUAAGAACACACUGAGUGCCUUCAGGGAUCUUCUGAAUUCCUUUCUGCCUCUGACCCUGUUGGUGUGGCCUGUGGGGAUGCAGGGCUCAGGAUGGACGAGUCAAGUCCUAGCUUUGCCCUGGACUGCUGAGCCCUCAUCCGUCUGUUCCCCCAGACAUCAGGAGGACUUGACAGGAGCUUUAAGAUGAGAUGCGGGCCCAACAGUGCAAAGCUGCCCUGUCCUCACUCACCCCAGGCCACCAGAUGCCUCCUGGGUCUUCCUCUGCACCCCUGCUACCUCCUGGGUGGUGGCCCCCGCUGUCCUCCUCCAUAUGCCAGGAGGGCCACGCCUGGGUGCUCUCUGAUCCGUCAGAGAUGGAGAGCUGCUCUCUGAUCUGCCCAGAACCCCGCAGGGCCUCCCCUCUGCUGCAGUGCAGGGUCCAGGGCUCCCGCCAAGGCUUCAGGCCACCUGGCUGUCCUGCCUGGCUCCCAAGGACUCCCCUAUCUCAGGCCAUAGUGCAAGCUGUUCUCUCCACUGGCUGGCUUCUCCCCUGCCCACUUCCCAGGGCAUCUCUUCCCUGCUGCAGCCCUACAGGGCGUGGCUAAGCUGUGCGUGCUGGCAGGUGUGCAGCAGGUGCCUGUCGGAUGUUGGCACUUCGCCCAACAUUUUACAACCAGGCAUUAUUUUCAUUCCUUUGAAACACGCGCUCCCAGUUAGGGUGGCCGCAGGACAGAAUGACCGCCAGGGUCUGUAACCUGCGGUGCUGCUGUCCCAGCAACCCCCAGCCCUAACCAGAUCACUGUACUGAAUGCAAGUUUGCUGAGAAGUAAUCUGCUUUCGUACUGGAAGUGUUGGGUCCCGUCCUUGGGGCAGAAUGUAUCAUUCUUUGUCUUCUGUAUGGAUUUUUCUGCAUGGGGUCCGCAGGAGACCCCCUCCUCAAGCAGGAUGCGUCUUCAGUUUUUUGGGGGAAAGUGCUUGCCUCGAUGUGAUUAAAAAUCAAACUCUA